GAUACCUCCGCAUACGCUACUCUGGGUUUCAUGGAGAAAACGACAGUGCAACUUGCUUUGGCUCUUUCCCUGAGUCUUGGCUGUGGAUUUCUUCUGGGCAUUGUAAUAGGCUCUAGGAGAAGGCGACUGCUACCCUUUUACGGACGGCAGGUUGAUAAUGGGUCCAGUUUUGAGUAUGUCAGUGGAGAGUACAAGAUGGUGUUGGUGGUACGAAACGACUUGAAGAUGGGGAAGGGUAAAGUGGCAGCGCAGUGCGCUCAUGCUGCUAGUGCAUACAAGCGGAUGAUGAAGAGAGAUGUUCGGCUGCUGAGUGUGUGGGAGGAUAACGGCCAAAUGAAGGUGGUAGUAAAGCUCCAGAUGAACAAUCAUUGUGAGUAUUCCCUGCUGUUAGUGCUCAUUAUUUCGCACUCACUAACCACCAGCUUUCUGCUUGAUUCUAACAAAAAUACUGCCCAUCCCACCAGAAAUCACCAUUUCUCAUUUUUUAAUGGCCAACCUGUGUAACUAUUUUGGUGUGCAGUGUUUUUUCAUGCACAAAUAUAGGGUAAUCUUGUAGGGUGCUCGAGAUGGGGAAUAGAGUUGUCUUGGUGCAGGUUGCAAGCAGCUACAGAGGCGUCUAGACUGGGGAUAAACACCUACAUUGUGCGGGAUGCUGGGAGAACUCAAAUAGCUCCCGGGUCUAAGACCGUACUGUGUGUUGGCCCAGGACCUGAAACUGUGAUUGAUAGUGUAACAGGAGAUUUUAAGCUAUAUUGAUGUAUAUAAUCAUAGUCAUCCUUAGCCAGACACCGUUUUGUUGUU